AUGCAUCUCAAUGUGAUAAUCUGCCGGCUACAGCCGCACGCGUCUUUGCGCGGUACCAUAAUCAAGAGGACCUUCGCGACUACGCCGCCGAUACAUCACUUACCCCCGCCGCCGCCUCGCGAAUUCAACGAAGAUGGCACGCCCAAAAAGUAUCGCAACUCGAAGGCCGUCUACAACCACAGGUACAACUGGGAGGCCUGGACGCUGCGCCCGGCUGGCGUUUUCCACACGGUUCUCGUCGGCGAGUUCGGCAGACAGCACAGGCCGUGGACUGCGUGGGUGCUGCAAUACCCCAUAUAUAUAGUGGCCGUGCCGUCCGUGCUAGCAGUGUUCACGUUGGCAUUCCUCAUCCAGAACAUGAUGCUCAUCGGGGUCAAGCCCAAGAGAUACACCGUUGAAUGGAUAGAGGCGCAGAAGGAGAGGGAGCUGGCCGAAAACACGAAUCCAAUUUCAAGGUACCUCGAUCGCCGACGCAGUGAACGUGGGCCGAACUGGAUGCUGCGGAACUAUAUGCCUAGCCACCCCUACUUCCUGUUCCUAGGCGACUACUACAAGGACCCUGAUGCCGAGGAGUCCGAAUAG